GGGUGUCAGCGUCGUCACGCCACGGCGGUAGUCGUUGCCCUAAGAUCCGCGCGUUGAUCAGAGACCGCGACUCGUACGCGCGAGACGUCCAAUUGUCGUUGAAAAAUGUAAUCAAAUCCCAAACGUUUUUUUACAAAAAUAUUUUCAUAGAAUACAACGCAAAAAAAUCGUAUCUAAACUGAAAAGUCGUCGAGAUCGUAACGUCCCGCGGCCGUCCGAUAACAGAUCCGAAACGUUACGUUAUCCACAAAUAUUAUUGUCUUGGUCAGUCGGCGACAACAUGUGAAACGAUCCGACAGGGUAAACAUGGACAUUCUUCAGAGCAAUUGUGUGCAGCUAGACAAGUAAUUUUCUAUGAUAUGUAAACAAUCGCAGUUAUGUAAAACCAAAACGCUGAAUUUAACAGACCAAUGAUAGGGUGAUCAUCAUGAUGAGUUAACCAAAGGUGCAGGCAUUAUGUCCGAGACGGUGGCCAAUUGCGGUUACGGCAGCAGCGAAGAGACGGCGUCGCUGCUGGUGAAAAGUCCGCCGUCGGUGGUCAGGGGCACUUCCCUCGGGGGCGCAGGCAAUGGCGGCGGUGGCGGCGGCGGUCACGGUGGACCGUCCGGCAAACCGGUGUUGACCAGACAAGACUGCACCACGUCGCUGUCGGCGUCCAUGCACCAUAACCGGGACUUGCGGAACGCCACGCCGAUGUUGGGUAGCAGCGACGAGAGCGGGCCGCCCAUGUGUCUGGCGGCGGGUCUGCAGGACGACGCGAACGCGGCCAGGUCGGUGCCCGAUAUCGAGCUGCACUGCCGAUACCUGGCCGUCAGCCGUUGCCAGUGUCACCGGCGGAAGAGCCACUGCAUAAUAUCCAGGUCGGUGUCCAGGGAGAGCGUGCGGGGCAGCAUCGGAGGCGCCGGCAGCAUCGGCGGAGGCGGCUGCGGCGGAAGCGGCGGCACCGGAUCCGGGUACGGCCUGACGCCGCCGCCGCCCGUGUUGCUCACCACGUCGCCCAGCUCGCGGAUCAUCCGACAGAGCUCACAGCCCGAGGCUACCGGAAGCGUUUCCAUGUGCUCGGGCCACUGUUGUCACAUGCAUCAUCAGCCUAGCUCGUCCCUCCGGCAGCUCAGAGAUCCGGCCGACAACAUUGCCAUGAUAGCGGCCGACUCGCUCCGGAUAAACGGCGCCAUACGGCAGUUCCGACAGGCGGGAAUCCUGCUAUCGGCUCAGACAUUGGCGGCUCAGGGAACACAGGCACGUCGGGCCCGACUCAGGCGAGCAUUGACAGAAGCAGCAAACUCAGAUACAGUUCCAAUCAUCAGAACGCUGCGAAAGCACACGUCAUCGACACUGUCGAUCACUAGUGGGAUGAAGGUUAGCGGUUCUGGUGGCCGAGGCGAUAGCGGCGUAGCGGGCGAAGAAGCCGGCAUAGCAUUGGUUAGCAUACAUUCCGACUAUCCCCGCUACACCGAAGAACGUACCGGAUUGGUGUGCAAGGGCGCCAGUUUAGUAGGUUCCAGUGGCAAUGUAACCGGGAGCAAGCACAAACCAAACGUUGGAUACAGACUGGGUAGACGUAAAGCACUUUUUGAAAAGAGAAAAAGAAUAAGCGAUUACGCACUUGUGAUGGGCAUGUUUGGUAUUAUAAUCAUGGUCAUCGAGAACGAGUUAGCUAGCGCAGGAGUAUACUCAAAGACAUCGUUUUAUUCUACGUCACUGAAAACGCUCAUAUCCGUAUCCACCAUCAUUUUGUUAGGACUAAUCAUGGCAUACCACGCACUCGAAGUACAGUUGUUCAUGAUCGACAAUUGCGCCGACGACUGGCGGAUCGCGAUGACCUGGCAGCGAAUAGCCACCAUCACGAUGGAGCUGGUCAUAUGCGCCAUCCAUCCGAUCCCGGGCGAGUAUUACUUCGAGUGGAAGACCAAGUUGGCCAACAAGCACGGCAAGCUGGAGACCCGGUGGGUGCCGUACGACGUGCCUCUGUCGCUGCCGAUGUUCUUCCGGCUGUACCUGAUCUGCAGGGUGAUGUUGUUGCACAGCAAACUGUUCACGGACGCGUCGUCCCGCAGCAUAGGUGCAUUGAACCGCAUCAACUUCAACACGAGGUUUGUGCUGAAGACGCUCAUGACCAUUUGCCCGGGCACGGUGCUGCUCGUGUUCAUGGUGUCCCUGUGGAUCAUCGCCAGCUGGACGCUUAGACAGUGCGAGAGGUUUCAUGAUGAAGAUCACGCUAACCUGCUGAACUCCAUGUGGUUCAUAGCGAUCACGUUCCUGAGCGUGGGCUUCGGAGACAUAGUGCCAAACACUUACUGCGGUCGUGGCAUUGCGGUCACCACCGGCAUAAUGGGUGCUGGUUGCACGGCUCUUCUGGUGGCCGUCGUGUCCCGUAAGAUGGAACUGUCUAGGGCAGAGAAGCAUGUCCACAAUUUCAUGAUGGACACUCAACUCACAAAACGACUGAAAAAUGCAGCGGCCAAUGUACUCCGAGAGACGUGGCUGAUCUACAAACACACCAGACUUGUAAAAAGGGUGAACGCAGGCAGGGUUCGAACACACCAACGAAAAUUUUUACUGGCCAUAUACGCGUUAAGAAAAGUUAAAAUGGACCAAAGAAAACUAAUGGACAACGCGAAUACAAUAACAGAUAUGGCUAAAACGCAGAACACGGUAUAUGAAAUCGUAUCAGAUAUGAGUAAUCGAUACGACGCUUUCGAAGAACGUUUGGUGAACCUCGAAGACAAAUUAGUAGCCUUACAAGAACAGCUGGAGUUGUUGCCAGAGAUACUUACCAGGUGCAUAGCACAACAUCAGGUCAGUCAAGCCAACAACGUGUCGACGACCGAAUCUAGGCGCAACUUCCUGCAUCCGGAGUCGGCGGCAGUGACCGGCCAGCUACAAGCGUCCACGUCAUCGUCGCCCGGCGGAAGCGGCAACCCGCUGAUGUUCCCUUCGCCGGGCACCGCGGGAGGCAUGGCCAUGGGUAACGGAUCUACCGUUAUGUCACACUCGCGCAGCGUACCACCAACCGGUGCCGGCGGAGCUUCGCAUUACCACUGGCCUACGAGUCCCAUACUGCCACCAGUCAGCAGUCGGACACCGCAUUUAGUACCCGAGCCCAUACAGCCGUCAAGCUGAGCCUACGCCCGGUCGCCACCCAUCGGAAUUAACAUAAUAUGUCAGCGCUCGUUUUAAAUGGGCCAAACGACCAAGAAGACAUCAACGAAUAACGCGACGACCGAUGUGUACGACAAACCUCAGGGCGCGUUAAUAUUAAUUAUGUUAUACAAUUUAUAAUAAUAAUAGACCAACAUAUUUAUAUAUAUAUUAUUAUACAAGAAAACAAUAAUGUUAAAAAUUAAUAGAAUAACGAAUAUGAUUAAUAAAAUAGAAUUAUUAAAAAAAGUUAUAUAAUAAUAACGAUUAUAUAUUAUAUUUAUAAUAUAUUACUAUAGGUAUAUAUAUUUAUAAUAUAUUUACCUUUUUUAUGUCUUAACUAGAAGUUAGUAAGAAUUGCUCAGACUAUAUAAGUAUGUGAAAUUGACUACGAUUUAUUUCAUGCCUAGGAUACGUUUAAUACUUUAAAGAAAUGUUUUAGAUACUAGGAUUGUAUACGCCGCGCGUAAUGGCCUUAAUUAAUUUUUUUUUAAUUUCUCCGUUUUUCUUUUGUUAUUAUAUAGUUAUUGUUAACGUUUGUAUAUUUAUAAAGUCUAAAUUAUUGUCUUUGUAAUAAUAUAAAAUAAUACAUAUAGUUUAUAUUAAAUAUUAUAUUAUAUAUAAAAUAGUUAUUUUCGCUUU